AUGGAAUCCACGUUCCCGGCCGUCAUGGACUCCAAUGAUCGAGCAAACCGGGGUGAAAUGGGUGUGUCGCCAAUGGUGCAGUAUGCCCGGUAUCCGCCAGCACUGGAGUCCUCUCUAAGGAGUGCCUCCUCAUUGGGGAGUGCUCGGAGCCAGGCUGAAGCGAACAAAUCGCCCCCGUUGCAUCGCAAAGAAACUCCUCGAGGCAUACGCUCAGCCAUCCCCAUCUCUGCUGCUCGCUCAGGUCCAUCGAUGUCUCCACCGGCCUUUGAUGCUAUGCGCCAUCCUGUAUUGAAAGACAAUGAUCAAGCGGAAUCUCGCAUUUUACCUUCACGGGAUAUCACCGAUGAUACUAUCGACGAUGCCUAUGUGAUGUUUAUCCUUUAUUGCAACCCUAAUGUUCCGUCUUCUGUCGAUACCUCUGAGCUUCGGAAAACGUUUCGCUGCCCGCCGCGCAGUGAUGGGAAGAGUUUCAGCGUCUUCACUCUAUUUGAAUUGAUUCGCAAGCUCGAUAGUAAAGAGCUCAAAACAUGGAUCCAGCUAGCAAUUGAGCUCGGGGUUGAGCCUCCGUCAAUGGAGAAAAAGCAAAGUACACAGAAGGUUCAGCAGUACGCUGUUAGACUUAAACGAUGGAUGCGAGCCAUGCACGUGGAUGCUUUUUUUGAGUUUUGCCUCGGACAUCCUCAUCCUUACUUCACACAACUUCCUCCAUCCGGGGCAUUCAUAAGUGAGUCUCGGGAUGGCGUCCCAUUAGAGGAAGAUCUGGCUCUGCGGGCUUUGGUCCCAGAAUGGAAACCUAAACGUGGAAGGAAGAGAGCAGACGAAAGGGAUCUCGAAGAAGACAGAUCUGUCAAGCGGCCGUCUUUGGAUACCUCUGUAGGGGGGUUGCACCAAGGCAGCUUUGCGAAUCAUUCGGUCACUUUCCCUCAGAGUGCCAUUCCAUUCAGUGCCUUCCCCGAAGAUGAUCCGGGCAAGACUUACGGUGGAGGAUACACGACAGAGAGCAUUCGCCCGCAUAUCCCCAAUCCGCAAUCAUCCCUAGAAGCCACCCGCCGACAGAUGUGCUCAUGUCUGCCGAACCUCGUUCUGCGAUUACCCCAUCAUCCGGCGAGAGAGCUCGGUCAAAACGGAAACAUGGACCGGCUGUCUCGUCCGCAUGGCCCAGUAGCAACGGCUUGGUUCACGGCAAAAGUCGUGGUUCAGCCUACCCGGGACCCAUCAUUGGUCCCACCAAAUCCUACCACCCAGUCUUCGCCACUGGUGGUGGAUUCUGAGGCAGCCGUCCAUGUCGUAUCGAGCUCGUCAUAUGAUCAAUCACCCACUCCAGCCCACCAAGGGAGACCGGGGAAACUCCAGUUACAGGUUCCGCAGCAUCUAGGGGCGCCGGUCCGCCUCGCCACCCCUCCCACCGUGCUCGUUAACGGAGUGAAUGAAGUCAUGGUGUCCCACGGUCCCAAUGACCAAGACAACCGACAAUUGAACUCUUUAAAUAGGUCUAACAGACAAGGCUCCAGUGCGCUCCCGGCCAUCGCGGGGCCGGUGGCCAAAAUUUCAAUGGACGACAUCAUUCGCGCUGUUUCCGCUGAACUGAUGCGUGCCGGGCUGAUUGGCAGAUCGACACCAUUGACUUCUGACGAAGCGCAUGUUCUUGCCUCCGGACUGGUGGCCAAUCUUUCUCCGAUGUACUCCCAAUUACCGCUUGAUUUUUCAUCGGUCCUUUUGGCUUAUCAACUUGGAGUGAGCCAUCAUUUUGGACUUGGACCCGCUCGUUUGACAUCUAUAGUCAUACGUUUCGAUGAUUCCAUGGAUGUGACCGGUGGGAGAAGCAGAACUCCGCGACCAAACGAACAUAAUGAUACUGGACCGAGAUAUAAUGUCACUUUUGAGUACAGGUCCUCUGGUCCAUUUUGCAUGCAAAUCACUUUGGGUGACCUCGAACCUACCACUUCGAAUUCAGUGCCUCCGUCGAAGAACAAUCAUGAUGAUAAUUUGGGAGACCUGGACUCAAAUGAAGGGGAUAGCGACCAUCCCACUUCCGAGGCUUCCUGGAAGCAACGAUAUUUGAAACUCAAGGCACAGAUGCAGAAGAAAGAACGUGCUAUUUCUAAUUACAAGCGGAAGAUAGUGGAAUCUGUUAUGGCUGACAUAUAA